AUGCCCAAAGAUGCAAGAGUUCGUUCCGCUUCUCUUAAUCGCUCUAGGGCAUCUCCUUACACGUGUAGUUCCAGGGACGAUGUUAAAUUGUGGGACGAUGCAGCAAUAUGCCCCAUCUGUUUAGAAAUUCCGCACAACGCUGUGCUUUUACGGUGCUCCUCCUCCAACAAAGGCUGCCGUCCGUUCAUGUGCAACACAAGUUACCGCCAUUCUAACUGUCUCGACCAGUUCACUGACUCGUCGCUAUCGUCGCCUUCUACAUUCGUGUUACAGAAAAUCCAUGAGCCGAAGCUUCUCUGCCCUCUCCGUCGAGGUGAGAUUCAUGGCUGGACGGUGAUAGAACCAACCCGACUGGUCCCGACAGUUUAUGAAUAA